CAAUGCCAAUUGCAUAACAGACUUGGAUGAAAUUUUAUCUAAAAUAAAUACUGAUUCUUUUAAUGACGAAACCAUAAAAAUAAUAUUUCAAGAUAAAAAUCCAUUUAAAUUUAAAAAUACACUUAAAAUAGAUACCCCAGAUUAUAGGAACUUAUCGAUGCCUGAGAAAAAUGCUUUUAUAUAUGUUUGUGGGUUUUUGAUGAAAAAAUGUUUUGAAAAACAUAGUUGCGAAGUUUGUAUUCAUUAUGCAAAAUCACAAAAAAAAUUGGAUGACUCUUUUACUUUGUUAUAUUUCAAACCAUAUGAAUAUUCAGAAAAAUCAAUGUUUGGCAAUUUAAUGAUGCCACAACAUGAAUUUUAUGUUUUUAUAGAUGAGUUAGAAAACAUUUUUAUAAAUAGGUUUCCACAAUUAUCUAUUGAAAAUGAAGUAGGUAUUAAGUUAAAGUUAAGCAUGACUAAUGUUGUAUUUCGACAUCCGUGUCCACUAUUUAAUAAAGAGUAUUUAAUUAAUUAUUUUAUAAGAUUUAGGAUUCAUGCUGCUAUUAAAUUUUUAAAUAGGAAUUUAAUAUCAGAAAAACAAAAAAAAAAUAGAAAAUUGUGUAUAUUAAAUAAUUUAUAA